AUGCAUCCAUCUUCCAAUAAUGGUGCAUCUGGCAGUAAGCUGAGAGGGAAAUCUAUUCCAACAAAGGUCACUCUAUCAUCUGCUUUUAAAAAGGAAAACUCUUCAGACGAUGAAGCUAAGUAUCUUAUGGGUCAGGUUAUUGAAUUUCACACUGAUACUUCACAUGAUAGUGAUGGGAUCCUUAACGCUAAUUCUCUUCACACUGUUGAUGACCUCAAGUUAGAAUGGGAUGAUGCAUCAGAGCAUCAGGUAAAAAAUCAUGUUAAUCUUUCCUCUAUUGAUGAUGAUGAACCUUUUGAUCGUUUCUUCUUAGCGAUGAACUUCUUGGGAGUUGAGGCGGUUGGAGCAGUUUUCUGUGGUGAAGAUUAG